AUGAUCAAAGACUCGUCGGAGAACAUGACCGGCUGGAGAUGCAAAGACCGUUGGAAACCGGCUAAAUCCACACCAACUGGUCAUAAGGUAAAAAAGAAAACAAAGACGCCGUCAAAGUCGUGUUGGUCAGGGCAAGGUCGGUCAUUAUCCCAUAUAUCCGGCCGUCAACAUCCGCCGCUUCAGCCUUGCAGACGCACACGCAGACGAUCGGUGAAGAACUGCAUCAUCCCCACUGCACUUGAAGAGCAAGAUCAAUUGCAACUGCAACAGUAA